AUGACCUCCGUCUGCCCGACACCUACUUCCCCGCCCGAAUUAUCUGGGUCCAAAUCGUCCAAAUCCUCCUCCUUUCAUUCCUCGCAGAUCGACGGUGCUGGGGGCAUCUUUACGGACAUCUCCAAUUUCGAAGACAUUGGACUGGAGGACGAUGGGGAACUCAAGAUUGACGAUCACUCCACCCCUUAUGGUCGAGCCGGCUUGACCGGGCGGUCACCUGCUGCCAGACUGCCUAGCAAGACUCCAGCAACUACGACACGCGAUUUGACCGCGACGCCAAAACCGCGUAAACGAAGCCCCCUUCCUCCCAUUCACAAUCAAAUCAAUGGAGCCACUCGCCCACCACCAUCCGCGGGUUCUCUGUCAUCACGAUCUUCUAAAAGAAGGGAUUCGGCAAGCACGCCCAACUCUGGCGGCUUGACCCCCUCCCAACCCCGAAGGUCACGAUCGGUAUCACCGUUACGACCGACGUCCAGCCGAAACGCCUCGUCUACCAGUCUCGCGCUGUCUCCGCUAUCUGCACGUACACCCUCCCAGAAGCAGAUAUGGGCGCCCAAUCGCAAGUCCGUGAAGGACCUCGAAGAGGAAUAUCAUGAUUCGGAUGAUGAGCUUCCUGAUGAUGCCAGUCUGUGGAACAUUCCGAUAUCCCCACGCCCAGUCCAAGAUCGUCCGAAGUCUCGCGGCACAAGCCCUGGCCGUAGUCCCGGCCCAAGGCCACUGCCGAUAUCCCAUACCGUUACUGACACGCCUGCCGAAAAUCCUGCUGCCAAUGCCUCCCGAGCAGCUCGCAUGAGGCGAGCACCGCAGCGAUCGAGCUCUGCUGGGCCCGAACGGGGCCAAUUAUCGCCUCGGAAUCCCCGCGCCUAUUCCUACAACAGCUACAUGUCGGACCUGUCAGAGGAGGCAAGAAUUAUCACGGAGGCUCUGGAGUUCCACGAGGAGGAGAAUGGCCGUAAACGAGAGGAUGCAGUGCAGAACGGUGGUCCGCGUGAACCAAGCACGGAAUCACCACGAGCCUCACGCGAAAAUAUCGAGCUGCCUCCGUUGCAGAAAUCUAAUAUAAUGAUCGAUCCUUUACCUAUCAGCAAAGAGAAGGAGAAGGUUCUCACGCGAACACGGCCUAGUUGGUUACCGCCUAAGGAUCAGAAAGAGGAAAAGAAGCAUCUGAAGGAGUACCAGCAGAUGAUGGCUCAAUCAAAGGAAACUGACAAACGCAGGGCUGCGCGAGCCGCGUCCGCCCAGUGCGAGAAGGACUCUACCAGAGAAACCCUUCAAAACAUUUGGGAUGAAUACGUCUACCCCAACUGGGACCGAGCCUUGCGCGAACCCCGUACUCGAGAACUUUGGUGGCGUGGAAUCCCACCUCGCAACCGAGGAGAGAUGUGGAAACGUGCUUUAGGCAACGAGUUAUCCUUGACGGAGGAGUCGUUUACGAAAGCACUUCAGCGAGCCAGGGACUUGCGGUCUAGAACCGAACAGGAACCCAGCGAAAGCAACAAGCGAAUGCUUGAAUGCUUUGAGGCAAUUGAGAAAGACGUGUCACAAGCCUUCUCGGAUUUGAAUCUCUUCCAGGAGGGUGGACCGUUACGCGAGACCCUUGUGGACGUGCUACAGGCAUAUUCUAUGUACCGCAGCGAUGUUGGAUACAUCCACGGCCUUCAUACUAUUGCCGCUCUACUUGUCCUUCAAUUUCCGACUCCAAGCUCUGCAUUUGUUGCUAUGGCCAAUGCUCUUAACCGUCCUCUGCCAGUCGCUUUCCUCACUUGGGACCGUGGUGCCAUGGCACGCACAUAUACACUGGCCACGGAUACUCUGCGCUACAAAUUUCCUCGUCUCGCCGUUCACCUCAUUGAGACUCUCUGUCUGACAGAGGAAGAGAUCUGGGAACCAAUAUUCCGCACUCUACUCACUAAUGGCCUCGACCUCGAGCGUGUUUCUCGUGUGUGGGAUUGCUGGGUCUUUGAGGGUGACCGUAUUAUGAUUCGUUCCGCUGUCGCCAUUCUCGGCUGUCUCCAAGCACAACUGUUCUCUUUCCAUCAACCGGAUGAUGAGAGUCGUCUUACAGUGCGCAACAUUCUAGGCUGGGGACCUCGCCACGUCGGCGCGAACAAUCAAAAACCCAAGGAUCGCCACAGCGCGCCUGCCGCUACCGGUUUCGGCGGUGGUCAGCUCUCGAACCCCGGUGUGGCCGAUUAUUGGGUCUUGACCGCUGCUGGUAACGAAGACGGGUUCAUGACCGCAGUGAGAGAAGCUGGAAAAGUCCGGCAACAAUAGACUGGAGUU